AUGCUCCUCAACGGAGAUAGUGGCUUGAACCACUUGUCCAUGGUCAUCCUCCCGCAAUUUGGCUAUCAAAAAGGCCAACUUUGGGUAGCUGAACAUCACUGUUUGAAGAGCUUGUCGAAUGCAGGGCUCAACGUCGACAAGACGUUUACCCUGCAGUUUUCAGCCCGACUAGAUCAACGUGACACCAGACCUUUGAACUACCAUGGGAGGAUUUUGACUUCUUUGGGGAUGCAGGAAAAGAGUUGGUUGUUCAGGAAUUCAGCACUGGUUCGGAAUCAGCGCACUGAACCGGCUGAUCAGCUCCCUUCAAACCAGAUGGUUUUCAUUGAAGACCUUCAGCCUGACGCAGUCCCGGUGACCACCGACAUUGAUGGCUUGGUGGCUGGAGCAAAAAAGUUCGAGCAACUCGGCCCAGCAGCCUACAAACGUGUGCUGGAGGCAGCUUUGGAUGGCGUUACACUUCCACCCAAGGCUGGCAUCAUUGUCUUGGACGCUUCCUUGACAGUUGGAGAUUCAUUCGAGGCAUUUAUGCAGAUCAGGCAUGACUGGCAGGUCCCUUCAGCCUAUGUAGGACUUUGCGAAGACCCUGUCAGCUUGGAGUGGUUUGAGAAGACACGCACCCAGGCCCUGGCCAAGCAACACCUUGAAGGAACUGUUUCAGUGCCUGGGUGUGUUCGCAUGCCUGCUGAAUUGCCACAGGAACAUCGACAAGCUGCACCUGCGCCGCCUGUCUUGAAUCUCUUGGUUGGUGGAGGCCCUGACAAGUCCUACCCGAUCUUCCCAGAAGCGUUGGUGAAGGAGCUCGGGCCCAUCCCUGAGGAAAAGCCUCAGGAUGAUCAGAAGAAGCGGAAGCUCAACGCCAACAACGAGAGAGCUGGCAGUGGCAAGAAGGCUCGGGCAGCAUUUGGGGUUGCUAAGUUGCAGGCAAUCCCAGUGGAAGACAUUGGCACUGAGCAUCAGCUUCUGGAUGUGGACAUGAAGAACACCACAGCCAAGGGCCUCAAAUUCAUGGUCAAGAUUGGAGGGAAGAAGUACAUUGUAAACCAUGGCACUGCGGUGGCUACCCUCAAUGCUGGGCACAUCAUUGCCGGGUUCGGGAAGGGAGGCUACAAAAAGCUUUCUGCGCACGAUGGGGCAUCAGAGAAAGGGUUGGUCUAUCACUUGACACCAACUUCACAGGUCUUGAGCAAUGGCACCCUUCACAACCUGAAGGACUUCUUGGCUGCCAAGCGAGCCCAGGAACCAAACAAAGGUAUUGCUUAUCACACCGUGACUGACACCGGCAAUGCCAGUGACCCAAGUGCUAUUGAGCUUGCCUUGGAUGUCCGCGUGGAGUUUGCCCCCCAGGCAAAUGUGAAAGCUGAAGACAUCAAGUCUGAGGAAAGCAUGGCCAAAGUUGGAGCAGACCAGCUCUCAGCUGCCAAUUUGGUGCCUCAUGAUGGGUGGGACCAGCCGGAGUUGUGUGGCUUGGUUUGGUGUGUCCGUUGGGCACCACAGGGCCUGAUGCCCAUCAGGCCUGUCAUCGCGUUGAAGCAAGAGGUUCAGAUCCAGCCUGGCACAGGCAUUUUGCUGUGA